GAAGCAUUACAAGCAGCAGACAGUAAGCGGCAGACAGUGGAUUCCAUUCCCCUCGGCAAAAUUCAAGUUUAAGCCCGGCUCAGGCCACUCGACCACUCAGUUCAAAGCGAAAUCGCGACGCGACAACAACGGAAAGCUUGCAGCUCAGACUAAAGAAAUAAAAUAAAACUUAAUAGGCACGCAAAGCGUCUAGGAAAGGUGCGCAGAAUGUUCGUCUUACUUGGAGUACUCUGUCUGCUGCAGGCGGUUAGCUUGGUGCCAGCCCAGCUGAUUACACUGCGCGACGGCAAGGUGGGCGUUAAUUUCGCUGGAUAUCACGCGGAUGCGGGACUCGGAGGACUCCUCACGGGCAACUCUGCCCACGGCGGACUCAGCGCCUCAGCCGGAACUCCUUGGGGUUCCCGGGCAGCCGCCGGACUCGGUGGCAAUCUGGACGGACGAGCCGCCGGCGUGGGCUAUGCCGCCGCCCAGGCUAAUCCUUCGGUGGGAGCAAGUGCCCUUCUGGGCGGCAGUGCCGGCGAACACGGCUACAUCGGAGCCGAGGCUCACAGUCCUGGCAGGAAGGUGAUUUCCUCCUCCCACCAUGCAGCUGCACCGGCAUAUGCCGACAGUCCUGUCCCCGAUUCGGCCACUUCCGGUCCUGGCUCUGCGGUGACAACUACAAGCAGCCACAUUCAGAAGGUCAAGCCUCCCAAGAAGUACUCGCUGAUCAGACCAGACCAUCCGGACCACAGCGAAAUCAUUGAAAAUCAUGUUAAAGCCGCCGCAGAUGCCGAUGCGGUAGAUAGACACCCGCCUCCGGCUGCCCCGCCCACUUCGUUGAUAAUUGUCAAGCGGCCACGCCCACACGCAAAGCGUCAUCGUCAGCGGCAACGCGUCGUAUACGUGAUGCAGCAACAGCAGCACCCGCAGCAGCAACAAAUUCCGGACGAGGAAGCACAAAAGGACGAGAAUCAGUCGCCCAUUGAGGUGCCGGAGAAGAGCGAGGCCAAGGUCGUCCAGGCCCACAAGUACAAGUCCGUCCAGCGAACUCAGCCGGUGGUGAACAAUCGCUUUCUGGCUCCUCAGGCCCAAGGACCAGUGGGCCUGGCCCUCGAUAUUCCAAUCGGGAUUCUGCGAUCGCUGCAGCAAUCUCUAGGCGCUUUGACCGGCGGUGCACCUCAGCCACAACAGCUAGCAGGUGCUCAAGUCCACAUUCACUAAGCUCGAAAAAUAAUUGCAAAAUAUAGUUUCGGUAUUUUUAAGAUCCCCUUGAUGCAUAUAUCCCCCAAUAAAAAUUAAUAAAGCGAUUACGCAAAAA